AACAGUUUUAUUUGUAGUUGUUCAAGUUUAUUAGAGGGGGUUACGUGGGCUAAGUAUGUUUUUCAUCGGCCGAUAAAUCCAAUACAAAACCCGGCCUCUUCGCUCGUUUUUCGCCGACAAAAAGAAUCAAAAUGAUUACCGACGUGCAAUUGGCGAUUUUCUCCAACGUUCUGGGAGUGUUUCUGUUUCUCCUGGUGGUGGCUUAUCACUACAUCAACGCCAACACGGGAAAAUCUAGCCCAAAGGCGAAAUGAUCGAUCAUGUGCACGGAAAUUACCUAUACUUUUAUCUUAUAAUGCUGCUUCAUUCGCAAAAUAAAUAGUUAUGUAAAUCUAA